GUAAUGUUCAUUCGUAUGCAUGUGACUAACAACAACAGUGCAGUUUUGGUUGUUUCUAGUUUACACUUUAGGCUACAAUGUAGGCUAGAGAUGUCGGAGUAGCCUAAACGCGUUCAACACUCGCAAAAGAAGCGAGAGAAAGUUGUCUUGUUCGCUCGAGCUGGCAAGUUGGUCAGCAGAUCAUCAGUUAACUCAUGAAUCAGUUAACUCACUCAUGAAGUUAAACUAACUUCAGGAAAAAUCCAGUUCGACAAUAUGAGCUGACGUGUUGAGUAAAUAAAUGUAACAGAGCGACGAAUCCAUCAGUGGGAACAAAAUUGCUGUAUGCUACUUAUUCACUGUUCAGUUCCUUAUCAACACUGUAACUUCAACAGUCACGUGAUGUUUGGUGCAGCCAGGUAAAAUCAGAGAAUUUCUCUGGUUUUGUCUGGAAUCAAGAUCGUGUUCUAAUGGCCAACAUUGUAGUUUGUUUUCAGAUGUAUUUAUUGUUUGAUUCCAGUCACGUCAAGAGAAACUGUAAAAGAACAUUUAAACAAUUGAUUGAAGUAAAGAGUUGUGCCACAGCAAGAAGAUGAACCACAAAGAUCUGGAGGAGGAAGACCUCAGUAAUCUGAAUUUCCUUACCGAAAACAAGGUGUGUGAGCUCCUGGCAUUGUGCGAGGAGAAUAAAGACUACGCCCCUUUGAUUCGAGCCAUUGGCAAAGUGUUUUCUGACUCUGAGUGCCUGAUGCGAAGUUUCCGCACCAAAGAACAGAGCCCAGACAAGCUACGGUCGCAACGGGACAAGAAGAAGAAGGAGAAGAAGAGUGAGGACAAGUCUGGGGCAUCAUCCAUCUCAAAAUCUGAUACUGAGCCCUCUACGAGCAAAGGAGCAGAGAAAAAGGAUGACCAAAGUGAUGAGGAUGACAGUGAUGAUGAUGAGGAUGACAAGGUGACCGUGGACAUUGAUGGAGUGAGAAGAGUAUAUGACAAAAUACUGCCACAUGAGCAAAUUGAGGCCGCCAUCGUCAACGCCUUGGUGUGCAUGACGCCAAACGUGGAGAGCGAGCUGACCUACCACGACGCCUAUUCCUUUGACCACAAUUACCUCAACCUGUUUGUCAUUGUCAUGGAGAACACCAACCUUCACAGUCCAGAGUACCUCGAGUCAGCAUUGCCUCUCUUUUGCAAGGCCAUGAGCAAGCUCUCCCUCCCAGGGCAAGCACGACUGGCACGCCUUUGGUCAGAAUUUGGUAUGGAGCACAUCCUCAGAAUGAUGGAAACCUUUCAGCAGCUGAUCACGUUCACAGUCAUCUGCAACGACUUUGACAAUGACAACCUGGUUCAAGAUGACGAAACGGUGGUGGCCGCCGCCAAGUGUUUAAAGAUUAUUUAUUUCGCUAAUAUUCUGGCUGGGGAGCUGGACCCGGAUCAAAAUGAGGAAGAGGAUGAUAUGCUGAUCGAGUCCAAUGACCUGACAUUGCAAGAACUACUGGGGGAAGAAGAGAGAAGCCCUAAGGCCCCCAGGGUGGACCCUUUGGAGGUCGAGCUCGGUGUCCGAGCAUCUGACUGUCGACACCCGCUCAUUGCCUUUGAGGAGUUCAUCAAUGAGCCGCUGAAUGAGGUGCUUGAAAUGGACAAGGACUAUGUUUUCUUCAAGGUAAAUGCGGAGAGCAAGUUUGCCUUCAUGAAUUGUCCCUUUAUCCUUAACGCCGUGACCAAGAACCAGGGACUAUACUAUGACAACAGGAUUCGAAUGUACAGCGAACGCCGGAUCACAGCGCUCUACAGUAUGGUGGAAGGACAGCAAGCCAAUCCCUACUUAAGACUUAAAGUCCGAAGAGAUCAUCUCAUUGAUGAUGCUCUGAUCAGGCUGGAGAUGAUUGCAUUGGAGAACCCCUCAGACCUGAAGAAACAGCUCUAUGUAGAGUUUGAAGGGGAACAAGGCCUGGAUGAAGGAGGCGUUUCCAAAGAGUUUUUUCAACUGGUAGUUGAAGAGAUGUUCAACCCAGAUAUUGGUAUGUUCACCUAUGACGACACCGCCAAGGUGUUUUGGUUCAACCCCUCUUCAUUGGAAAAUGAAGGGCAAUACACACUGAUAGGUAUUGUGUUGGGCUUGGCCAUAUACAACAACUGUAUCUUGGAUGUGCACUUUCCCAUGGUAGCGUACAGGAAGCUGAUGGGCAAGAAGGGGACUCUUCUGGACUUAGCCGAUUCUCACCCGGCUCUCUAUCAGAGUAUGAAAGAGAUACUGGAUUAUGGGGGUGACGUGGAGAAGGACAUGAUGCUCACCUUCCAGAUAUCACAAACUGACCUAUUUGGAAAUCCUGUCACACAUGACCUGAGAGAAAACGGAGAAGACAUCCCUGUAACCAGUGACAACAGAAAGGAAUUUGUGUCUCAGUAUGCCGAUUACAUUCUGAAUAAAAGUGUGGAGGUGCAGUUCAAGGCCUUCAGACGAGGCUUUCACAUGGUGACUAAUGAGUCUCCACUGAAGUACCUGUUCCGGCCCGAUGAAAUAGAACUGCUCAUCUGCGGAAGCAGGAACCUGGACUUCCAUGCCCUUGAAGAGAGCACAGAGUAUGAUGGGGGCUACAACAAAGAGAGUCGCGUCAUUAAAGAUUUCUGGGAAACUGUGCACACAUUUGAAGAAGAGCAGAAGAAGCUUUUUCUCCAGUUUACCACAGGCACGGACAGAGCACCUGUGGGUGGCCUUGGGAAACUGAAGAUGAUCAUAGCCAAAAAUGGCAGUGAUUCAGACAGGUUACCUACAUCCCACACGUGCUUUAAUGCCCUGUUGCUUCCAGAAUAUUCUACCAAAGAGGCGCUUAGAGAGAGACUCCUAAAAGCCAUCACGUAUGCCAAGGGAUUUGGCAUGCUGUGAGGCCUACCCACAUGCCCAAUUGCUUGAUUCCUUUCAAUUCAACAAACUGUGAGAGAAGAUUAGAGGUGAUCCUUUUGCCAGGCAGCUUGUUGGGUGCCAUCUUGCUCUAUCUACUGGUUCCCCUGCCUUCAUUUGAUUUAGGAUUUAUAGUGUUAUCUACAUGUGUUAUGUAUUUUCUGAAGGUGUAACAGAUUUUUAAUACCGCUUUGACUCCAGAGAGCUUUUUUUUCUUGAAUUCUGUUGUGUCAGAAUGGAUGUUAAUUGCUGCUUAAUUUUUUGAACAUGAAUAUGAAUUGAACUUA